AUCAUACAGCCAUGAUUUCCAUUGAUUAUUUUUCCUCACUUGAUCUUGUUAGCUCUUCAAUAGCGGGCUCGUUGUUUAUUUUAGUAUUAAUGUCCCUCUAUUAUUUCCUCUACCUGGGUGGUGCUGGAGCUCAACAUAAGCUUAAUAAACCGCCCGAACCAAGCGGAGCCUGGCCUGUACUGGGUCACCUCCUUCUUCUCCGUGGUCCCAACUUUUUCUACUUAGCACUGUCUGACAUGGCCGACAAAUAUGGCCCAAUUUUCAGCAUCCGUCUUGGACUUCGACGGGCCAUUGUGGUUAGCAAUUGGGAGUUGGCCAAAGAACUGUCCACCACUCACGACCUAGCCGUGGCAUCGCGUCCUCGAAUGCUAGCUUCAGAGCACUUGGGGUACAACUAUGCCAUGUUUGCCUUUUCCCCGUACGGGUCAUAUUGGAGGGAGAUUCGAAAGUUUGUGUCCUUGGAGCUGUUGUCUAUGCGGCGAGUCAAUUCGUUCGGCCAUAUAAGGGUGUCCGAGACAAAAUCCGCAAUCCAACAACUUUAUAAGUUGUGGGCGGAAAAAGGAGAUGACAACUUGAGUUUGACUAAUGGUGUCACAGUGGAGAUGAAGCAAUGGAUAUCAGACUUGACAACAAACGUGAUCUUUAGGAUGAUCUAUGGGAAAAGAUAUUCUGGGGCUGAUGUUGACAUAGAGGAAGCUCGAAAGUAUCAAAGAAUUUUUAAGAGGUUCUCAUAUCUAUUUGGUUUAAAUGUGGUGGGAGACAUGAUACCGUGGCUUAGAUGGCUAGAUAUAGGAGGUUACGAGAAGGUCAUGAAAGAAACAUCAAAAGAAUACGACCAUCUCAUGGUGAAGUUGCUAGAAGAGCACAAUAAUUGGCGGAAGGGACAUAAUGGUCCAGACAAUGUUGAUCGUGAUUUUAUGGAUGUAAUGAUCUCAAUGCUUAAAAAGACUGAUAUAAAUGGUUAUGAUGCUGAUACAAUUAACAAGUCUACCUGCUCGGUUUUGAAUGUUGCGGGAGUAGAGACCACCUCCACCAUGCUUAUAUGGACUCUUUGCUUACUCAUGAACCACCGCCAUGCGUUGAAAAAGGUGGAGGAAGAGUUGGACAUCCAUGUGGGAAAAGAAAGGAACGUGGAGGAGUCGGAUAUUCCCAAAUUGGUAUACCUCCAAGCUGUUUUCAAAGAAUCGUUAAGACUAUAUCCACCGGCUCCACUAGGAGCCCCAAGAGAGGUCAUACGAGAUUGUGUCGUGGAUGGCUAUCAUGUGGCAGCAGGGACAAGGCUCUUUUUAAAUCUUUGGAAACUCCAUCGCGAUCCUAAGAUAUGGUCGGAGCCAUUAGAGUUUCGGCCAGAGAGAUUCAUAACUACACAUAAGAACAUAGAUGUUCGUGGUCAGAAUUUUGAGCUGAUUCCUUUUGGUGCUGGUAGAAGAGUGUGUCCUGGAAUAAACCUUGGAAUGCAAAUGGGGCACUUGGUCUUAGCUAGCUUGCUUCAUUCUUUUCAGAUCUCAAAUAUCAACAAUGAAUUAGUAGAUAUGACUGAGACCGAAGGAAGUACAAUAUCCAAAGCUACUCCCCUUCAACUGAUCAUCACUCCCAAACUUUCUAGUGAUCUUUAUGCAUGAUUCAUUGCACAUUCCACUAUAUAUAUAUACAUGUGAAGCAUGGAAUAUGUAUUAGUUCAAGUUUGGCUUCCUCCAUUCCUAUCUAGCACAUUUGGUACUAGGUUAAGUCCAUUGGUGUUUAGUUGAAUUUUCAAUGAUAUUUGUUAAAUCUUUUUUCUUGUUACGAUCAUGUUUAGA